UUCAAAAUAUCUUCAAUUGGCAUGAGGAUUUUACACUGAUUGCGUACUUCUCAGUUCUCACGUGUACUCUAUGAACUUACGAUUUUAAAAUGAAUAAAAUUGAACAUUUGAUCGUGGACACUGCUGGUUUCAUUGACAAAGCACCACUCCAAGAUUUCGGUGUGAACAUCCACACCAUACAAGAGGUGGUGAACGAAGUGACAAACAAACGUCAAAAAACAGAUCUAUCGGUAUUGCCGUACACUCUCAACAUUAAAACCGUAUUCCCUGAACACAUUCAGUUUGUUGUGGACUUUUCAAAAAAGACUGGUGACUAUCCAAAUCUAUCCGUUACCGAUAUUAAAGUAAUAGCUUUAGCUUAUCAAAUACACAAAGAAAAUUAUGGUAUAGACGGCUUGAACGCUGAACCAAUUUCUAAAUCAGUUGUAUUUGAAAAACCCCAGGUUAAUGAAAGUACUGUUGGAUUUUACGAUCCUGACCGCCUGAGUGAUGAUGUAUCUGAAUUGGAUAUCGAUGACGGUUGGAUUACAGAAGAUAAUAUAAAAGAUAUCAAUAAAAGUAAUGGAGAUGAUCUUACUGAGCAAGAAGCCAAAGUCGGUUGCAUUACCACUGAUUAUGCUGUACAAAACGUGCUCAAACAAAUAGGUCUUUCUAUUAUUGCUUUAGAUGGCCGAGUGAUUAAAGAAGUCCGGACUUACAUAAGGCGCUGUUAUGGAUGUUUUACGUUGACAUCAAAUAUGACGAGACUAUUUUGCCCAAAAUGUGGGAACAAAAGCUUGAAACGAGUAGCUGUAUACUUAGAUGAAAAUGGAAAACAAUGCAUAUACAUUAAUGGUAAAAGACCAUUAAAUCUUAAAGGUAAAAAGUACUCAUUACCAAAACCACAAGGUGGUAAACAUGCAGUCAACCCAAGAUUGGUAGAAGAUCAACCGAUGCCUCAUCAACGACCAUCUAGAUUGGCUAAAUCUAAAACCAAUGCUUUAGAUCCAGAUUAUACAGCUAAAUUGUCUCCUUUCGCUACAAAAGAUGUUUAUUCCAAAUCUGCCAUGCUCGGUUUCAAAGGUUCAGUGCAAAAACAAUGGAUGAAAAGGAAUCCUAAUGAAUCAAAUAAAAAAUGUAAGAAAUAAAAUAUGUAUUGUUAAUAAAAACACUGAAUGAAUUCAA